AUGUCCCCCGCGGGGUUCGCCUCGUACAGUUCCUGCCUCGUCAUCGCCCCGUGCCCCGUCCAGCUUUCAAAAAAUCUCCCUCGCGAGGACCGCCCCGUGAGGAAUCGCGGGGCCUCGCGAGGAUCUUCAUCCAUCGCCCACCUCUGGUGGGUAAGUGAUUAUGGUGAUCCGAAUGUCGGAGGAAGAAUUAAUCAUCAAUAUUCUCCAAUCGAAGCAAACUGUCCAACAGAUAAGGAUAUAUUUUGCAAAGUAAAGCCUUCCGUUAUAUUUUCCGAAAAUGGAGGACAAUGGUGGAUAACAGCAUAUUUCAAUAAUGGACAAAACUCAUUAACAGUUGUUGACGGAAUAAUAUUCAUAAUUGACCCAAAAACAAGAUUAUUCCCUAAUGGAGUUAUUGACACAUACACCCCGUAUUUUUCAUGGCCAACCACACCAGACGCAAUCGCUUAUCUUCUAUCGGUAAAUGCUAAUGGUAUUUCAAAUCAUUCUGAAGAAGAUGAAGAAAAAGAAGCUUUAUUUCUGAAAGGCUUCAUUCAUACGCUUAUUUUAGAUGCUCAGCUUUUAACUGAACGUGCUAAACAUCACAAGAUUGAUUUAGAACAAAUCCAAUUUUAUAUUGAUUCAUUUCGCUAUGGUUGUCCUCCACAUGGUGGCGGUGGUAUUGGUUUAGAACGAGUUUUAAUGCUUUAUCUUGGAUUAGGUAAUGUUCGAAAAACAUCAAUGUUUCCACGUGAUCCAAACCGAUUAACACCAUAA